UGGUGACAAACCCACGAGACUCCACCUUCCAGUAACAAGAGAUGAUUUAUCACGAGCACACUGGCGACAGAGGCACAGAAAUCAGCCGAUGCUUUCACAAAGCCAUUGCAUCUGAUGUGAAAGUGUAUUAUACUGCGCAAAGCGAUAAGAAUACAGGUCCACGCGUGGGAGAACACGAGAGGGAAGACUGCGCUCAGUUUGCUGGUGGGAAGCAGCACAAAUGAAGCGAUGGAGACGGAUGAACUGGUGCAUGUCAUAAAUGCGUGAUUGCAUGGACGCUUUUCCGUCGAAUUCAAACGGGUUUGUGCGACGAAUCUAUGCAAUGUGAUAAUUGUUCCUGAUAAGGACCAAGCGACUAGUCCAGAGAGCCAAAUGCAAGUCUCUUAGAGGGUAAACUGGAAUUGGAGAUGGAAGAAACGCAUUUCACAGCCCUCUUUUGGAGGCCUCGAUCACACUAACUUCUGUCUGAACUGCUGUCUUCAGCACCACGGACAGCGACCAUGAACAGAUUACGCCGGAAAGCAUGUGUGGCUCUUCUGUUGUUCACUUUGUUCAUUUUUGGUACUAUGAUGGGCCUACGAACCCUCAAACCCACUGAUGGCUUCUCGGAUCUAGCUCCAGGAAUGGAGCUGAUGCCUUUGAUUGGAGAGCGAAUGGACCAGGGACACGAUCAAGUAGUUGAAUCAGCAGGUCAAAAAGGUGCUGGGGGCGGUGACACCAAGAUUGUGUUUUCCAAUUCUGGUCCUGACCACAGCAUAUUCUAUGACAUUCACAUCUUCUAUUAUUUAUGGUAUGGCUCGCCACAGAUGGACGGUAGUUAUAUACACUGGGACCAUGUACUAGUACCACACUGGGAUCCCAAAAUAGCUGCCAGUCACCCAAAUGGACGACACAAUCCUCCAGAUGACAUUGCGUCCAGUUAUUACCCUGAACUGGGACCCUACAGCUCCAGAGAUCCAGAUGUUAUUGAAUCCCACAUGGCACAAAUCGAAGCGGCAGCUGCAGGUGUGGUGGUCCUGUCCUGGUACCCUCCUGGUGUGGCAGACGAACACGGCAAACCCACUGAGGAUGUAGUGCCAGCGGUAAUGGAUGCUGCCCAUAGACACAGUAUCAAGGUUGCGUUUCACCUGCAGCCCUACAAAGGCCGGACAGAGCUCAGUGUGCACGACAACAUCAGAUACAUCAUUGACAAAUACGGGACACACGGAGCUUUCUACAGGUUCAGGUCCAGCGCUGGGAAGAUCCUUCCGCUCUUUUAUGUGUACGACUCGUAUCUCACCGCUCCGGAGACCUGGGCUGAGCUGCUGACCGUCAGGGGCUCUCACAGUCUCAGAGGAACGCCUUACGAUGGCAUCUUCAUCGCCCUCAUCGUGGAGGAGCGUCACAAGCAGGACAUCCUGGCCGGGGGCUUCGACGGCAUGUACACCUACUUCGCUUCGAAUGGCUUCUCCUUCGGGUCGUCUCACCAGAACUGGAAGGCGAUCAAAGCAUUUUGCGACAAGAACAACUUGCUGUUUGUGCCCAGCGCCGGACCUGGUUAUGUGGACACCGCCGUCCGGCCGUGGAACAACCACAACACACGCAACCGGGUGAACGGGCGAUAUUACGAGACCUCUUUGCAGGCGGUGAUGUCCGUAAGGCCUGAUAUCAUCACAGUGACGUCGUUUAAUGAGUGGCACGAAGGAACUCAGAUUGAGAGGGCCGUGCCUAAGAAGACUGUGGCCCGUCUGUAUUUGGACUACAAGCCCCAUCAGCCGGACCACUAUCUGGAGCUCACCAGGAAGUGGGCAGAACAUUUCAGGAAGGAGAAAGAGCAGUGGCUAAUGUGAGCGGACCUCGUAACGUCGUACCAUUGUUGAGUUUUUAUGUUAUUGUUGUUAUCAGUGUUACCGAUUACUGUUUUUUCAAUUUAUGCAUACAUUUUAAGGGCAACUGAUUAGCAAGGACGAGACACCUUCUUGCUUUCACUCGGUCUAUUUAUAAACAACUGAUUUACUCUCAGUUUUCUUGCAGACGGAUUUCUUUCAAGAAUCUUCAUAAUAUAAAAAAUAGAAAAAAAAUAAAAUAAAACAAUGAUUGAGAUCUGUCUAAAAAUGAAAGUUGUUAUUUGCUGAAAAUCACUUUGCAUUUGUCCAUUCUCAUUCAUUCCAGUGCAUAUUAAUACAUGGGACAUCCCAAAAUAUGUGUGCCAUCGCUGACAUCAAACCUGGCACGAAAUGUCUUGAUGUGCCAUAAUUGAGCGGAUAUGACUGUAAACUCAAAGUUAGCACACAGUUUUUAUGGUAUGCUUUAAUGGGUUUUGUUAUUAAUGUAUUUUUUUUUUCUUUUUCGUUUUACUUUGUCAUUUUUGGACCUAAGCAGCAUCUAUCCUCACUCCCUGUCAUCAUAUGGAGAAGAGAAGUGUGAACAUUGUGCUAUACGCCUCCUUUUGUGUUCAGAGUGUGUUUUGGGAGUACAUAGGAUUGAGUGAACUUGUAAUUUUUCUUUUCUUUUAACAUUAGACAUUGCAUCUGACUUUUGUUCGCAGCAACAGUGUGGCCUCAGUAUUUAAAGACUAUAUCUUUGUUGUGUGAUUGGAUGACAUAGAAAUAGUUGGUGGUUGUGUAUAUAGAUGGUUUGAAUAAUGGCUGAUUUAUUACGUUAAUCCCAAUUAUGCAUAUUGUCACUCACAUUUAUUAUUAAACAAUAAAAGUAAAUCAACUAUUUUGUUAA